CCACUUCAUAUCUCUUUCUUCCUUCUCCUUUCUGUAACUAGAGAUAGAGAGAAUGACGAAAGUCUCUGUUGGAUUGCAACUUGUGACAACUGAUUCUAAAGAAAAGCUAAACAACAUAGUCAUCAAAUCUUCACUGAGACCAAAUCGGUCCAUUCCAAACAUCUCGGAGCUCUGCUUUCUCAAAACAUGUCAUCUGUGUUUGAAACAAUUCGCUCAAGACAAAGAUGUUUACAUGUACAAAGGAGACUUGGGAUUUUGUAGCAAAGAGUGUAGAGAAAGUCAGAUUUUGAUGGAUGAGAGGAAAGAAUUAGAGGCUUCUACGAAGAUGAUGAUUGCAUCUUAUCGACGUUGUAACUCUGGCGCCGGAAAAAUUGGGAAUCGUAACUUGGUGGAUGAUCUCCGGCGGCCAUGCCGGCUAUUUAUAGUCCCUUGAAGCAAUCAUCAACUUCAUUAUACUAAGUUUUAAACAACAUACUAAUACAUUUCUAGAUAUAAAGAAAAUAUAUUUGUUAAAUAAUUUGUAUUUCCAUCGUCAGAUGUUUA